AUGAGGACAGUUCAGGCUGAAUUGUGUGCAACAGUAUUGUGGAGCAUUUGGAAAAGUAGGAACCUGGGAUUAUGGGAAAAUGUGACUGAAACGAAAAGCAAUAUAGUUGCGAGGGCCAAGCAUUUAAUCGAGGAUUGGAGGUUUGCUAACAAGAAGCAGCAGAUGCACGACUGUCAACAGCAAAACACAGCUGCUGUCACACUGCCAUAUGCACAGCAGAAUACGGUUUCAAGGCCAGGGGUAUGUAGAUGGCAGAGACCGGCACGCGGAAGGUUUAAGUGUAACAUUGAUGCAUCUUUUUCGACUUCUACGAAUAAGGUGGGUCUAGGUAUGUGUAUCCGUGAUGAGGAGGGGCGUUUUGUCCUCGCAAAAACAAUGUGGUUUUCGCUGGUUUGCUCAGUUGAUAUAGGAGAAGCUCUAGGUCUCUAUCAUGCCGUUCGGUGGGUACAUGACUUGCAGCUGCCUCUUGUUGAUUUUAAAGUCAAUUCAAAGCGUAUUGUAGAUUACUUUAAGCACGGAAAUGCUGACAUUACUGAAGUGUUAUUAUGGAGGAUACAAGGAACUAUUGCUCUCUUAACAAACUCUAUUGUCGAGUUUACUAGGAGGCAACCGAAUGAGGUUGCCCACGAAUUGGCACAGGCAGCCUUUUGCAAGUCUAUGCCACAGUUUUACUACGAGUCGUCACUAAAAUCUUAUUGUCUUUAG